GGUUGAGAAGACAACCGACUCACCGGCGGCUGAGUUCUCGCUGGUGGAGGACGUGGCUCUGCACUUUGCCUGCUUGAUGGGCCGUCUGAAUGAGCAGCGCCUCUUCCAGCCUGACCUCUGCGACGUGGACCUGGUGCUGGUGCCCCAGUGCAGUGUCUUCCCGGCGCACAAGGGCGUGCUGGCCGCCUACAGCCAGUUCUUUCACUCGCUCUUCACCCAGAACAAGCAGCUGCAGCGUGUGGAGCUGUCCCUGGAGGCGCUGGCGCCCGGCGGCCUGCAGCAGAUCCUCAACUUCAUCUACACGUCCAAGCUGCUGGUCAACGCGGCCAACGUCCACGAGGUGCUCAGCGCUGCCUCGUUGCUGCAGAUGGCUGACAUCGCCGCGUCCUGCCAGGAGCUGCUGGACGCCCGCUCCCUCGGCCCCCCGGGCCCCAGCGCUGUGGCCCUGGCCCAGCCAGCUGCCAGCUGCACCCCAGCCCCGCCACCCUACUACUGUGACAUCAAGCAGGAGGCCGAUACCCCGGGCCUGCCCAAGAUCUACGCCCGAGAGGGCCCUGAUCCCUACUCUGUGCGCGUGGAGGACGGGGCAGGGACUGCGGGCGGCACAGUGCCUGCCACCCUUGGGCCAGCUCAGCCCUUCUUCAAGGAGGAGAAGGAGAGUAGCGUGGAGGAGGCUGGCGGGCCCCCGGCCAGCCUGUGCAAGCUGGAGAGUGGGGAGGAGUUGGAGGAAGAGCUUGCGGGAUCCGGCACCUACAGCCACCAGGAGCAGUCCCAGAUCAUCGUGGAGGUGAACCUCAACAACCAGACACUGCACGUGUCCACGACGCCCGAGGGGAAGCCGGGUGCUGCCACAGGCCCGGCCACCAUGGUGCUGGGCCGGGAGGACGGGCUGCAAAGACACGAGGAGGAGGAGGAGGACAAUGAGGAAGAGGAGGAGGAGGAAGUAGAGGAGGAGGGUGGUGGCAGUGGAGGGGAGGAGGAGGAGGAGGAAGGUGGUAGUCAGGGGGAAGAGGAGGAGGAGGAGGAGGAGGAGGAAGGGCACAGUGAACAGGAGGAGGAUGAGGAGGAGGAAGAGGAAGGACAGAGUGAGCAGGAUCAGGACAGCUCGGAGGAGGAGGAGGAGGAAGAGGAGGUGGGGGUCAAACAGGGGCGCGGGCGCAGGGGCAGCCGGGCAGAGCCCCUUCCCCACAGUCGCAUGGCCACACGGUCCCGGGAGAAUGCCCAGCGCCGGGUCCCCCCUGAGCCCGAGGAGGCCAGGCAGGGUAGCAAGAGGCCCAAGCAGCCCCCCGGAGCGGCCCCGGCGCCAGCACGAGGGUCACAGGCCACUGAUGGGCUGGGGGCCAAGGUGAAGCUGGAGGAGAAACAGCACCACCCGUGCCAGAAGUGCCCGCGUGUGUUCAACAACCGCUGGUACCUGGAGAAACACAUGAAUGUGACCCACAGCCGCAUGCAGAUCUGCGACCAGUGUGGCAAGCGCUUCCUGCUGGAGAGCGAGCUGCUGCUGCACCGGCAGACGGACUGCGAGCGCAACAUCCAGUGUGUGACAUGCGGCAAAGCUUUUAAGAAGCUGUGGUCCCUCCACGAGCACAACAAGAUUGUGCACGGCUACGCGGAGAAGAAGUUCUCGUGUGAGAUCUGCGAGAAGAAGUUCUACACCAUGGCCCAUGUGCGCAAGCACAUGGUGGCUCACACCAAGGACAUGCCCUUCACCUGCGAGACCUGCGGGAAGUCCUUCAAACGGAGCAUGUCCCUCAAGGUGCACUCUCUGCAGCACUCGGGGGAGAAGCCCUUCCGCUGUGAGAACUGCAACGAGCGCUUCCAGUACAAGUACCAGCUGCGCUCCCACAUGAGCAUCCACAUCGGCCACAAGCAGUUCAUGUGCCAGUGGUGUGGCAAGGACUUCAACAUGAAGCAGUACUUCGACGAGCACAUGAAGACCCACACAGGGGAGAAGCCGUACAUCUGCGAGAUCUGCGGCAAGAGCUUCACCAGCCGGCCCAACAUGAAGCGGCACCGGCGCACCCACACGGGCGAGAAGCCCUACCCCUGCGACGUGUGCGGCCCACAAAGGAAGAAGUGGUUCCAACAUGCUCAAGGGCCACAGGAGAAGUGCUUUCUGCGUCAGCCACCCACCCUGCCCCAGACCCUGCCACCGCCGCCCCACCUGCCCGCCCCGCCUCCCCUCUUCCCCACCUCGGCCAACAGCGGCGGCGGCGGGAGGAUGAGCGCCACCAACCAGCCCUGACCUACACACGCAGGACCUGGAGCCCGGGGCCAGUGGGAGCGACACGCCAGCCCGGCCAGGGUGCAGGCUGGCUGCCCCCGGAGCUGGUGGAGGACACCUCACUCCCAAGUGCCCCCUUUCAGGGACUCCUUGAAGCCUUUCCCCUUUUUGGGAAGUGAAGGAAAAAGAGAGGAAACGCUUUGCAGUACCCCCUCCAGGUGAGGGGGGCGUUGGAGGCAGCAGGGACAGGGGAAGGGGUGGCCUGCAGCGCAGGUGUGACUGGUCACUCUGCUGAGGCUUGAGCCGAGGGGUUGUUCAGGUUGAGCCUGGGCCAGCCUCGGGCUCCUCCCUGCCUCCCCUGUGUCCCCUAACUUGCUUCCUUGUCCUAAAGGGAUUGGGGUGCCAGCCCCUUCCCCCCAACCCCCCGGGAGCAGUUGUGGACUCAGUCUGAGGACUGUGGACACCGAGGCAGGGGCUUGAGACUGAAUGCCCAGGAGCGUGUUGGGUGGGGCCUGGUGGGGCGUGAAGACUUCAGACCCAGCUCUGCGCCAUGUGGAGUGGGGCAGGCAGGGGCUGGACCCCGGCAUUUGCUUUCCCCACCCAUCGCCCUGCCAGCAAGCACAGGGGUCCCCGACCUGCACCAGGCUGCACCGAGGUCCCUGGGGAGAGGCCUGGGGUGGGCAGAUGGGUCGGCUCCCCCGGCACCAGCUCCCAGGGGCUACAGUCAAGGAGCCCCUGCAAAUGGGUGGCCCCCAGGGGCAGGGCCUAGGGGGAGGCCUGGACAAGUGUUCCGAGGUUUCUAGGUGCUAUCGGGGGCAGAGGGCAGAGCUGCUGGUCACAGAGCACCCGCCCCUCACCAGCUGUCUCCCACGCGAGAGGAGAUGUGUGUGUCUGUCCAUCAUGCUCCCUGAAGGCAAUGCCAGGCCUCAUCCUCCCCUGGCCCCGCCACAACCUGCCCAUGGCUGGUGUCCGGCACCCUUGUCCCUCUGGGCCUCUGCGUUGGGGGCGGGUGCCUGUGGCAUUGUUAGUGAGAGGAGCCUGAGGAGCCUGCACGGUCAGGCCCCGCGUCGGGGCAGGGUCCUAGGGGAGUCUCUGCCUGUGCCCAAUGCUUGCCUGCAUGAGGCCAGCGCUAACAGGUCACCCUUUUUUGUUGUCAUUUAACAUCUUUAUUCCUGCCCUUAAAACGGGGAGGAAGGUUCCAUAAGCUACAUGUUUCCUAGUUAAGCUCUUUCCUAUUGUUUAUACGGUUUUGUUUGUUAUACUCUUUGCACCUUAAACCCCCACGACGACCCCCAUACCACCGCCUUCCCAGCAUGGCUGGAGUGGGAGCAGGCCUGAGCCCCAGCGGGGUGGUGGGGGGACUGGGCCCCAUCGGCCUGAGGGCUGAGGGGGUUAGAACCCCACUGACCUCCUUGUGAGGCCCACGGCGCUGGGGCAGGGGGUUGGGCACAUUUUAAUCAUCAAUAAACGAAGCACUUUAUUCUGUACAGAUGUGGGCAGGCCCGAGGAGCCCGAGUGAUUUGAGGGUCUAUAAUCCAAGCCGCACAGCCCGCUCGCUCUCUGGGCGUGGAGCAGGCAGUGCCCUGGCCCGGUUGAUUCGGGGGCUGCAGCAGGAGCAGUACAAACCAGAGCCCACAGACUCACCCUCUGGGGCCCCUGCCGUCCUCCCGGGACUGAACGUGGCCCCUCCCCGAGAGGAAGGCUUCCUGUCUGGCUCCCACCCCAAGGCUGGGCCUCCCAGGGCCCUGCGUUACUGUAGCUCUUUCCCUCUCUUGUACCUCUAAUCUCUGGGCUUCCAUGAUGUCCUCAGGGACCCCCCUCCCCACGCCCCCACCCUUGCUAUGUCUAACCUCUGGUCCCAGUGCCUGGCAGCUCUUCAGAGCUGGCUCACAUUUUCCAAAAAAAGGUUGAUCUCCCCACGAUGGGCUUUAGGCCGGGACCCCCAUGGGUUCCCCAACCCCCUGUCACUGACACCAGGGUCUACCCUACCCUAGGGGCUGGUGGCCUUGUCACCAGCCAGCCCCACUGCAGCCUUAGCAAGCCUGGGGGCCUGGCCAGGCGGAGCCCCUGGUCUGUCAGGCCAGACUUUGACAAGCAGAGGCCAGAGAUUGGGGGGUUGGGGGGCUGGUUGUGAACCCCCUGUCCUAAGACUUGGGUUCCCUGUUCUUUUAUACCUUCCCUCUGAGGGCAGGAGAGGGGUCCCGACAGCAGGCGGGGCUCCGGUCACAAUGGUCUUGGAGCUGUCUAGGUGGGUGCAGCCAAGUCCUCUCCUGGGAGGCCCCAUCCCAGUGGGGACAGGAGCCCCAUGUCCCUGGUGCUAAAUGCUCUCUUCCCCUUGGGCCACUGGGUGGGAGCACCCUUCCAGCCAGACCUCGGGGGCCUGAAGCAAUAAUGGAACCUCAGCAGCGCCAGUGUCGACGGGGUUCUUGUUUUACCAGCUUCUCCAUUUCCUUUUUAUUUCAAAAGUAAGCACCUGGAUAUUGGACUGAGGGCACUGGGGCUUCCUACCCAACCCCAGGGCUGGCAGUAGGUGGUGGGGAGGGGCUUAGCUCAUCACCUCCACUGGGAUUCGGCCGUGAGGAGGUCCGUCCAUCUGGACUUCUCAGCCCCGUUGGCCAGAUCUCAGGUCCGGAACCUGGGCCUGUCCCUGCCCCAGCUUCCCCAGGGCUCUCUGGUCUUGGGUCAGAGGGGGGCCUCCAGCCCCAGGAUCACAGUUCUGGGAUCUGGGACUGGCCUUAGAGCCUGAGCCUCUGACUCUGGCAUGUGCUGCCACAGUGCCCCUCACCGCGGUGGCAGCAUGGCUGUGCCCAGGCCUGUGGACCCCCGAUGUCUGGUCAUCUGUGGCCACCCCACAGCCACAGAGUGUGUGGGGAACAGCAGGUGGGUGAGUGAGAAGAGUGAAGGGAAUAAAGUCAGUACAACUGUUC